GCUGAGAUCUCUGGCCAGUGUCGCUUCCAACCACCCACAAGGAUGGGGAAUAUCUUUGCAAACCUCUUCAAGGGCCUUUUUGGGAAAAAAGAAAUGCGCAUCCUCAUGGUGGGCCUGGAUGCUGCAGGGAAGAUGACGAUUUUGUACAAACUGAAGCUGGGUCAAAUUGUGACCACCAUUCCCACCAUAGGUUUUAAUGCGGAGACUGUUGAGUACAAGAACAUCAGCUUCCCUGUGUGGGACGUGGGUGGCCAAGACAAGAUCUGGCCACUAAGGCACCACUACUUCCAGAACACCCUUGGCUUGAUCUUUGUGGUGGACAGCAAUGACAGAGAGCAUGUGAAUGAGGCCAGCGAGCAGCUCAUGAGGAUGCUGGCUGAGGAUGAGCUGUGGGACACCGUCCUCCUGGUGUUUGCCAACAAGCAGGACUUCCCAAAUGCCAUGAAUGCGGCCGAAAUCACAGAUAAGCUGGGGCUGCACAGGAACUGGUACAUUCAGGCCACCUGUGCCACCAGCGGGGACGGGCUCUAUGAAGGACUGGACUGGCUGUCCAAUCAGGUCCGGAACCAGAAGUGAACCAGAACCCCCCACCCCCUCACUUCCUC